CUUGGAUACACAAUGGCACAAUACAAACGCUAAUCUAAAUAACAACCGGCUUAAAGCCUAAGGCUACACUUCAAGACAUUUUAAAGGCAUUGAAUUGCUUACUCGUCAUGGGCGAACAAGUUACAUCAUACAAAGCAGCCGUGAUUACUAAAUCAGGAAGAGAACCUCGCUUCGAGGUCAGGACGCUUUCUCUACCUGAACUCGGCCCUACUGAUGUCCUCGUAAAACUGACUGUGACCGGUGUCUGUGGGACUGACAUCGCUCUCGCCAGUGGUCAUCUUGGACCGACAUGUUCGAUUCUCGGCCACGAAGGGGUUGGGGAGGUCGUACAAAGGGGGUCCGCGCUCGACGAAGCCGAUGUCCGUCUUGGUCAGAAAGUUGGUGUCGCAUGGAUUAGAGACGUCUGUGGGGAAUGCGAUAUGUGCCUUCAGGAUGGUGGGGAGACGAGAUGCGUCCAGCAAGUUCACUCUGGUAGAAAGGUAGAUGGCACGUUCUCUGAGUACACAAUCGUCUCACACAGAUACAUUCUGAAGCUCCCACAAGGGAUAGCCGAUGAACAGCUGGCGCCAAUACUUUGCGGCGGUGUCACAUCCUACAAGGCCUUGAAGGUAUGCGGUGCCAUUCCAGGGCAAUGGGUUGCAAUUUCUGGCGCAGGGGGAGGAGUGGGUGCUUUGGGGGUGCAGUUUGCAUUCGCAAUGGGGUAUCGGGUUGUGGCUAUCGACUCAGGUCCGGAAAAGGGCGACUAUUGCAUGGGGCUGGGAGCUCACCACUAUGUCGACGUUAAGAAGGAGCUGAAAGUUUCUGAAUCGGUGAAGCAGGUGACGGACGGCAAAGGAGUUGCAGCCGUACUGGUCACGGCCGGGACUGGUGCAGCCUAUCAGUCUGCUCUGGACCUACUGGGACCGUUUGGAACCUUGGUGUGCGUAGGAAUCCCCCCUCCUUCGCAAGACUUCAAGAUCCAUCCGCUUGCCCUCAUCGACAACGGCUUUCGUAUCAUAGGCUCAGCCGUGGGAACCAGGGGCGACAUCUUGGAGGCCAUUGAGUUUGUCCGACGUGGCACGGUCGUUCCGGUUGUAAAGAUGGCUAGAAUGGAGAGUUUGGCCGAUAUCGCUAGAUUGUCGAUGUCGGGAGAGGCUAUCAGAAAGUACGUCAUCGCCAUUGGAGAUCCCGCAGAUACGACUGAGCUCGAAUUUUGAG